UACUGUGGUUCCGACUGUUCCGGCAAUCGGCGUGGAUUAAGUGUGGAUGUGGCGUGGACAUUACAUUCAUUUGUUGGCAUGAAAAUUGUAUGAAACUAAUUGUUACAAUCGUUAAGUCGUGAAAAAAACGCAGCAAUCAUGUUGGUGCUAUUCGAGACGUCGGCGGGCUACGCGAUAUUCAAGAUCCUAGACGAAAAUAAACUCGCCCAGUCGGAGAAUCUUCAUAAGGACUUUGAGACUCCCGAAGCCGCUAGUAGAUUACUUAAGCUAACGUACUUUCACAAGUUUGAGGACACCACCGAAGCAUUAUGCGCUGCUACGGCGCUUGUAAACAGCAAGUUAUCCAAAUCUUUGAAGAAAACACUCAGGAACUGCUGCAUCGAGGCCCAUGAACAGCUGGCGGUAGCCGAUGCCAAGCUGGGCUGUGCCAUUAAGGAUAAGCUGCAGUUAUCCUGUGUAAGCAACACAGCGGUGCAGGAGUUGAUGAGAUGCAUCAGAAGUCAACUGGAUGGUCUGAUAAGUGGGGUGACCGACAAGGAGAGGACGGCCAUGACGCUGGGCCUGGCCCAUAGUCUUUCCAGAUACAAGCUGAAGUUCUCACCCGACAAGGUCGAUACCAUGGUAAUACAGGCAGUGUGCUUGCUGGAUGAUCUAGAUAAGGAGCUCAAUAACUACAUAAUGCGAGCACGCGAAUGGUAUGGCUGGCACUUUCCUGAGCUAGGCAAAAUCGUGACUGACAAUCUUCAGUAUAUAAAGACAAUGCAUAUAGUCGGCCAACGAGAAAACGCUGUCAAAUGUGAUCUGUCGGAUAUUCUGACAGAGGAAGUCGAGGAGAGAGUGAAGGCGGCCGCGGAAAUCUCGAUGGGGUCAGAGAUCUCGGAAUACGACGCUGAACACAUGCAAUGCUUGUGUGUUGAAAUACUUGAGCUUCAUCAAUACCGGUCUCAGCUGUGUGAUUAUCUGAAGACUAGGAUGAUGGCAUUAGCGCCAAACCUGACAGUUCUUGUUGGCGAUCUGAUCGGUGCACGUCUGAUAUCUAAGGCCGGUUCUCUGACAAGUCUUGCCAAACAUCCAGCAUCUACUUUACAAAUUCUCGGUGCAGAGAAGGCACUGUUCCGUGCUCUUAAAACAAAGAAGAACACACCCAAGUAUGGUUUGAUCUAUCAUUCACAACUUGUCGGACAAUCCUCAAACAAAAACAAGGGUAAAAUAUCCAGAAUGUUGGCAGCAAAAGCCUCUCUAGCAACAAGAGUUGAUGCAUUAGGAGAUACUACAAACUUUGAACUUGGCGCGGAGCACAAAAUGAAAUUGGAGGCACGGUUAAGAGUGCUUGAAGAAGGAAAUAUCCGUCGGAUAAGUGGCACCGCCAAAGCAAAGGCCAAAUUUGAAAAAUAUCAUGUCAAGAAUGAAUACAUGCAGUAUUCAACGUCUGUAGACUCGACACUGCCGACUAAGAAGAGGCCAUUAAUCGAAGAGAUUGAAACAAAUGAGAGCGAGGAAAUGCCUAAAAAGAAGAAAAAGAAACAUAGCACGAGUUCUGAACAGAUCAAGGAGGAAAUGAAGGAGGAAGAACCACAAACGGAAAUAGAAUUGGUUACUGUACCGAAGAAAAAGAAGAAACAUAGUCUAGAACAAAAUAUAGAACAAGGAGAAUGUUCUGGUGCACAAACAAAGACAGAAUCCGACAUUCCAAAGAAAAAAAAGAAAUACAGCUUAGAACCCAAAACAGAAGAUACAGCAGAAGCUUCUAAUGUUAAAGAAGAGGAACAAGUGAAGACGGAGCCGACUAUUGUGUCUAAGAAAAAGAAGAAACAUAGUCUAGAAUCUAAUAUAGAACAAGGAGAAUUUUCUGGUGCACAAGUGGAAAUGGAAACAGUUGUUACUCCAAAGAAAAAGAAGAAACAUAGUUUAGAACCCAAAACAGAGGACACAGCAGAAGCUUCUGGUAUCAAAGAAGAAGUGCAAGUUGAAGCAGGUUCAGAUCUUGUAUCGAAGAAGAAAAAGAAGAAAAAGAAGGAACCAAUGGAACUUGAAGAGGCAGCGUCUGUAAAAACUGAGGAAACAUUUGAAGCAGAUGUUUCAGUUGAAGCUGGAACAAGUGAAGAAAAGAAGAAAAAGAAGAAGAAAAAGGAAAAAGAAAGCGAGGAGAUGCAGCAAACAAUAGUAUCUGCUGAAGAGGUGGAGGAACCAGUUUUGAGCGAGAAAAAGAAAAAGAAAAAAAAGAAAUCAAAGCAAGAUUAAAUUUGAAUAGGAUACGCAGAAAGAGAUAAGGCCGCAGCACAAACUUUUGCGUAACGCAUAAGACAAGACAUAAGAAAAUCAACUAAUUAAAAUCCUCCAUUUCAUAUUGUGAUUAAUUAAUUUUCUUGCUUUAUGCCUUUACGUUAUACAGCUUUAUGCAAAAGUCUGUGUUGCGGCUUAUAGGAUAAAAAACAAGUUUCUAUAUUAAAUUUUUACAUAUAUACAGGGUUAUUUAAAAUGAUUGUCUAGAUUUCCACUUAUCGACGCAUAUUUUUCGCCUCAAGUAUUCUUAACCGUGCCUUUAGCUUUACCUUAUACUCCGCGCUAAGCUUGAAGCUUGUGGUAUCUCUCAAUUAAUUUUUUUGUGACAUUUAACGUAGAGAUAUAGAAGAACAAUUAUAGACGUACGAGGCUCGUUCUUUUUAACCAAAUUUCUUGGACCGUUCAUCUUUUCUUUUUUUUUUCUCCAACGUGGAGAGAAAAGGAAGAAAGAUGAACCGCGUCAGAAGUUCAGCUAAAAAGAACAGGCCUAUAGAUAGCAAAUCUCAUGAAAUUUUGUUCCGAAUCUGUCGCCAUUCAGUAGCUUAAAUCUUGUAUCCACGAUGAUAGAAAUCGCUCUAAGAUUUCAGAUGGAGAAGGAAUUAAUAAAUUACAUUGAACAAUUUGGCCAAUAUGAUAUACAAGGGUUUAAACACAUGAGCUACUGAAUAGCGAAAGGUUCGAAUCAAACUAUCUAUCUCUCAGUAUGGUUAUAAAUGUUAAAUGCAUUAUUUAUACAAAAAAUUGAAACCUCGACAAUCAUUUCGAAUAAUCCUAUAUAAACAGGUAUUAAGAAUAAAAAUAUUUUUAAUUAAGUAUGAAAGCUAGAGUAAAAAAGCUAGAGAAAUCUGAGAUUUGUUAUCGAAGUAUUUUUUUCUCAGGACCGUGUUUUAAUUAAAAAUUAAAGUUGGCGAAUAGGAUCCUUAA